CCACCUCCUCUGGUCAUUGAUCCCCUUACUAAGAAAAAGUGGGAGACCGAAAAACAAAGAGAAUUUACUAAGAUGAUACACACUGAGCUAAUGGGAGAGGACGGUGAAGAAAUGCAUUUGCAAAUGGAAUCUUUUGCAGGCCCAAAUAUUUCUCCAGUGGAGAAGUCAACUGAAGCAAAAGAAAAGAGGACCACAAGUGAAUACACUACGUUUGUAUCAAGUACUAAGGCUAAAUCAGACUUAUGUACAGAAGAUAAUUCAGAUAAAGAGCCUUGCCAACCUGCUGAAUCCAGACCUGAGUACGAGAAGACUCCAAUUCCACAUGUUAUGGUGGAAGGUGCUCCACGCAAAAUCAGAAGGGAGAAAAGACCUCAAAGCUUAAAUUUGGGGAGGUCGAGGGACUUUGUGUAUGAAACAGAAGCCAAAAGUUCAAACAUCACACAAGAUAGUGUAGAGUCUGAUGAGGACAAUAAUACUGAAGAUACAGAGGAAACUCUGAUUUGUCCUCCUGAAGAGUUCAACUCAUCACCAGACACAUGGUCACCAUCCAUGGCUGAAAAGCUAAAUCAGCCAGCUACUAAUAUGUCUGUUGGAACACCUCUUGAAAAACAGCAAAGGAAGUUUGACAAAGUACUGGAAAAAGAUUUGCAGAUACCCAAUCAAGGAGCAGUAAGAUCUGAUGAUGCAAGAAAGCUUGCAGAAGAUCAAGAGAAGCCAGGUACUGAAGUGAAGAUUAUGAACACUGAAGACAAACAAGAAAACCAAGAUUCAGUUAAUGGUCCUGGCAAAGAUGAGCUGAAUAGAGUCAAGGCUGAUGUCAGAUUUGAGGUCAUGAAUGUUACAAUGAUUGAUAACUGUGAGAACAAAGAGGAGCCUGGAGAUGUAAUCAAGCAAAGAAUGGAAGGGUUGGGUCUUGAGAAGAAGAUAAACAAUACUGAAUUAGAUAAAGCUGAGGGCAUCCAACUAGCCAACGAGCCAAGAAAGUCUAACCAGAGGGAAACAGGACAUGUAAGAACAGAUAUAACAAGAAUCGUUCCAUUAAAACCUGAGAGAGUGAGAAGCCAGAGUUACAAAGAUGACUUAGAAAUUAGGCAAGGCUCAGAAAUUAUGAAAAUACAUUUUAAAAGAUAUAGUAUAAAUGAAUCUUUCGAGAGUCACUUCGACCCAAGUAAGUUUGAGAGCAGGGACACUAGCUCUUCCUAUGCUAACUUUACCACAAGUCCGGUGAACGCUUACAAAGGUCAGAAGGAAUCGUCUACAAUGGAUCACUUAAUCUCUGAAACUGCUGAGCAACAAGUAUUAAGGGAUUUAGAGGGUUCACCACAAGAAAGAGCUAUGCAGGAUAAUGACACUGCAAAACACACCAGCAGAAUGGUCCAUGGAGAUCUUCUGCUGCCUGAUGAGGGAAUUUCAGGUGUCCAACCUCACAUAUCCAGGACCCCAGUCCACCAAAAAAAUGCCCCACCAACUCCCCCUAUUAAAACAAAGAAAGCAAGAGAAUCAGGUCUUUUUCUGCGCAAUAGUCGCAACUUUAACAAAGACCCAACACUGGAAGCUGACAAGAAGAACCUUCUGGAGUGUCUGUCCAACACUACUACUCAUGAAGACCCACAAGAUGAUGUUAAGCAGCGACCUGCUUCCACCCUGGAGGAUGACUAUAAUAGUGAGCUAGCUGGUUUAAAGGACAUCCACCUGGCCAUCGAGAGGAAGUGUUCAAGCAUGACUGUCAGCUCCACGUCCAGCCUGGAAGCGGAGGUGGAUUUCUCUGUCAUUACGGACUUACAUUGUGAGAUGGAUGAGUUUUCAAGAGGCAUGGCAGAGCUCGGUGAGAAGGACCAGCAGGUAGAGAUGGGUAGGGAGAGCUGUGAGGAGCCCCCCAUGUCUCACUCCACCCAUCAUUUGAAUAUGAGAGAUGUAUCACUCAGGAGGGAACGUUUCAUCGAAGGUCACCCCCAUCAGGAUAUAGAACCUCCCCCUGUUGCCAAGAAAGAUCCCAGCGCAGUGAGUGCUGCCCACAUCUUGAGGAAAGUGGAACCGCAUUCCAAUGGCUCUGAAAUUCCUCAUGCUGUUGAAGAGGUCUCUCACUCUAUGCAGGAGGAUAAGACUGCUGUCAACUGUAAGGAGACCAAUAUCUCCAGCACUGACAACAUACAGCCACAGAAGGUGGACACGAAACAGGAAGAGAGCAUAGCUAAGGUGGUAAAGGAGAACGGGUCGCCUUUAAGGACAAACAGUCUGGCAAGUGAAUUGGUUGUGUCUCCUCUCACCAUCACCACAGAAAAUGUUACCUCAGCCACCACCACUCAAGUGACCAAGACAGUGAAAGGAGGAUAUGCAGAGACCAGGAUUGAGAAAAGAAUCAUCAUUACAGGAGAUGACGAUGUGGACCAACAUCAGGCUCUUGCCAUGGCAAUACAGGAAGCCAAACAACAACAUCCUGACAUGCUGGUGACUAAGGCAGUAGUAGUCAGGGAAACAGACUCUUCCUAUGCAGAGAAACAUCGGACAUCUGAGUCUUGAUCACUAGAGGCUGCUGUUGGGAACAGUGACAAGAAGAUUAGCUCUGGAUGGAUAUCAAUUAAACUUUGUAUAUUCCAAUCAAGAGAAGAUGACUUACACUGCUGAAAUAAAACAAACCACCCAUGCAUUCAGCUCAGCUCUCCUACCUACUAAUGUGGCCCCCUCUGUCCUUCUGUUUAGCCAAACAUUACUUCAGACCAACAAUAUCCAAUUAUCUGAUGUCAAUACAAUGUACAGCACCAUGCAUAGUACUUUACUUCAACUAUAACAACAAUAGUCUGAAUCAUCUGCAGUCUUUAAGAGCUUUAACCCUGAAUUGUAUAAAUGUCAAUAGUUUAACCUUAAAUCUAGAGUGGAUUUGAAAAAUAACUACAAAUACAAAUAAAAUAAAUACUGAAAGUGUUGCCAAAAUUACUCCAUGCCAUCAUGUAUGCACUUGUCGUGUCAUCAGACUUAGUUUCCAGAAUUAAACUGACCUUUUCUAGACUUUUUUUUUUCCAACAACUUCCUGGUACACUAUUAUUUUGCAGUUAUAGCAUGAACAAUAUAUUUCUCAGUUCUAAAGAACAUUGUUCAGGAGAUUCGGUCUUCCAUUUUGGAUUCAUACAUGACUUUCGAGGAUUCCCUGGAAGAAAGUUUGCAGAGGGCACAAAAGUUAUGUAUAUGUGCUGGCCUCGAAAGAUGGCCAUUGUCAAGCCUCGAGUGUUAACUGUCACUAAUAUACUCCAAUUCUUUCUUUUUAGCUUUGUAAAGAUUUUUAAAUAAUGGUUGAUCAAGUUUUUGCUUGUUAAUUAUGAAUACUUAUCAAUUAGAUCAUAUGCAUUUGCGUGGAAUAAAACCUAGAUUUUGAAUGGUGGGAGCACUCAUGCGACAAGCCAGACUGUAUAACUGAUCAGUUAUAAAGGGUACAGAUAGUUAUAUUCUGCAUGUAAAAACAACUGAAAUGACCAUUUACACAUUGCAUAAUAAACAACAGACAUGUUCAAGUGGUGUAUAUCAGCUUGAAAUCCAUGGGAUGCCACCAAGUUGCAACAUGUCAACAGUUAAAGAAAAAAAUAACAUUCUUUGUUUCUGGGUGAAACCAAUCUCUCCAUUGAGAAAUUGACACCCAAAAUGUAUUGCGAUGAGUCCAGUUAAAAAAAAUCCAUCUUAGAUGGAGGACAAAGCGAGAAAAACCUUUGUUAUUCUUAUACAUCAUUAAUAACCCAAAGUAUCGAUACAAAUGUCCCUUCUAAUUCAAUUUUAAAAUGGGCUAAUUUUCUUACUGUUGUGUAUUUUGAUUGCUAUUUUAUUUUUGCACAAGGAGCUCUAUAUGACACAGAGUUGCUGUCUUGGUAAAAUGUUCCAAAUCAAUUUCAGGGAGAAUGCUUCUUAUGUUUGCAAUAGACAGCAAGGUGGCUUACAUGUUUUGUUGUAGUUACCAAAAUUAUGCUUUGAUGGGUAAUAUUAGAAUUUAUAUCAGUACAAUUAGAAUAGAUCUGUUUUAUUUAAAUGUCAGUUAUCAUGUAAGAAUGUGUUGUAUUUUUAUUUGCAUUCAUUUUAAGUUAUGCUGUAUGACUUUGUAUUUAUGAUUGCUGAAUGUUAGCCCUUGGGUUUUCCAUCUCCAAAGCUUCACCAUACAGCAGUGUGAUUAUUACAUUCUGUCUCUCUAUGUGCAUAUUCCAACAUAUAAACAUACAUAUAGUUGUUUAAAUCAAAGAUUUGAAAUAUAUGUAAUAAAUUACCAUCAUAUACAGUAUAUUCUAUGCAUUCUAAGUAGCCCAAGAAAACAGCGAACUGAUGGGAUUUGGAUACCGUGAGCUGUUCUUGUCAAGUAAUUUGCAAUAAUUAAUAUGUUAAUAAACGAAACUGUGAUUAUGCAUACUAUGUUUGUUCUACAUUAUGUUAAUAUGCACAAAUGUGUCACGGUUAACUAUGGCUCUGUCUCUGCACAUACCCUACUGUACUUCUCACUGCUGUGCCCUUGGGAAUGGAAGACCCUCGGAACAUAUCUGAUCUGCUGGCCCCAUCACAAAAAGGAUGUUUACAUGUAAAGAGUAGUAUCACUGGAGGCCCUGGACAUUUACUUCAAGCAUGUUUUAUUUCAUGAGCAGGACGAGGCAGAAUCUGCAGAAUUCUGUGGAAUGGAUUUAAACAUUGUCUUAAAUGGAGCUGGGAGUACUUGACCAGUGGUUCUCAAAUGGUGGGUCACAACCCCAAAAAUGUGUCACAGGUCUAUUCUGAUGGAGUCACGGACAUCAGAGAAAAAACAAUGCUAGACGCAAUAUUAAAAUGCAACUAACUAUGUAAUUGUGUAUAUUUAGGAUAGCAAAAUAAAUGGGCUUAUAAAUGAGCUAUGAACUUUUUAAAGGGAGGAUAAAAUGCUCAUGUUUUACUGUUGAUGUCAAAGGCUGUCCAGCCAAUCAAACUCUAAAGUAUUUUGGUGUAAAUUCCUCAAUCACUUUUUGAUUUUAAGGACAGUUUUGAUUACAUAUUAGUUUUGGUCACCACUUGAUGUCCAAUAUAAAGUCUGAAACCUAAAGAAAAACCAGUUAAGAAUAACGGAGCUAGUCUGUUAUUGGUAGCUGAAAGUAUCAAAUCAGCACAAUAUUUGAUGAACACUCAUUGAACAUGGUUGGAGACAUGUAGACCUUUGUGGAUGAUGGCUUUUUCUAUUCUGUGGUGAUCUGUGGCUGCAGAUUCUAUGUAGGCCUGCUCAUAACAUGUUUACUUACUGUUUAUUUUGAAAGAAAAAAACAAGGUUAAUAUGUGAUUCGAUUUGUUAUGUUAAAGGGAGUGGUGGUAUUAUAUAGUGCAGAUGCAAGAGCAUCAAUGACUUCUGAUGAAACAAGCAUCAUGGAAUAUUAAGCAAAAGUUGUGCAAGCUAUCAAUUCUGUUUGAUACAUAAACGUCAGAACUGAAUCAAGGACUGUUACUGUGAUACAUAUUUGAGAAUUGUCAUAUCAAUAUUGGGUGCCUUAUCAACUCAAUGCCACCUGAGGCAACAGACAAAUGUUGUUACCUGUGAUCCAUUGAAACAAAAGCUUUGUGAACUUGCUUGGGAGGUUUUGGUGUGUACAGCGGGUCAUAUGGGAUUCUGUAAACUAUCUUGUAAAUUGCGUUGUGUAUUCAUAGAUCUAUAGAGUCUGACAUGACAUACAAGUAAAAGAAGGGCAGACUACUGGACAAAUAAAGUGAAACCAGGUUCCUGAUGCUCUGUGCAUGGCAUGAAGCAUUGGAUUUAUCUUCAUAAACUGCUGUCCCACUCUCUUCCAUUUACAAUUGUCCUUCAGAGUUUUAUAGCCAUGUAAUGCUUAAUGGUGUGUGUUUACUGAUUUUGCAUUCAGCCUAAAUGGAGUACAGAAAACAUAAAUAAACGUCUCA